UUUGCAAUGGUAGAAAGAGAUAGGUCAGCAAUCCUGUGUUGUGUUUUUAUUAUAUACAGUCAUCAUUCAUUCGCACAGCAGCUUCACAAAUAGACAGCAGAAAUUGUUAACAAAAUAAUGGAAACUAAUGAUGUUAUAACUUUUCAUCAGUGUGUUGUAUGUGAUGAGAUUUUCCAACAAUAUGACCAUUUUGAAAAACACAAUAAAAUACACGUUAAAGAAGAGAAAACUGAUGAUGUAAAUGAAUGUUGUCAUGUUAAAGAAGAGAAAACAGAUGAUGUAGAUGAAUACUGUCAUGUUACAGAAGAGAAAACGGAUGAUGUAGAUGGAUAUUGUCAUGUUAAAGAAGAGAAAACUGAUGAUAUUGAAACUGUUUAUCAGUGUAAUUUAUGUGAUGAAGAAUUUAAAUCUGACAUUGAUUUAGAAAAACACUGUGAAAUACAUGUUAAAGAAGAGGAUUCUGUUUUACAACAUGGUAAAAUUUGGGAGAAGAAUUUUGGCCGGAAAGACCAGCUUCAAGCAGAUACAAGUACUCAUACAGGUGAAAACCCUUAUAAAUGUGAUGUUUGUAGUAAAUCAUUCAUGCGGAAAAGCCAAUUUCAAGCUAACAGUAAUCUACAGAUCCAGGUGAGGACACAUACAGGUGAAAUAACUUAUAAAUGGGAUGUUUGUAGCAAAUCUUGCACUGAUAGUGGUAAUCUACAAUCACACAGGAAAACUUAUAAAUGUGAUGUUUGUGGUGAAUCAUUUAUUCAGAAUGAAACCCUACAGUCACACAUGAGAAUUCAUACUGGUGAAAAACAUGUUAGUCAACAGGGGCAAACAGGAGAAACUCCUUAUAAAUGUGAUGUUUGUGGUGAAUCAUUUAUUCAGAAUGAUACCCUACAGUCACACAUGAGAAUUCACACUGGAGAAAUACAUGUUAGUCAACAGGGGCAAACAGGAGAAACUCCUUAUAAAUGUGAUGUUUGUGGUAAAUCAUUCACUUUAAGUGGUAAUCUAAAGAGACACAUGAGAAUUCAUACUAAACAAAAACCUUAUAAAUGUGAUGUUUGUGGUAAAUCAUUUGCUCAGAAUGAAACUUUGCAGGCACACAUGAGAAUUCAUACUGGUGAAAAACCUUAUAAGUGUGAUGUUUGUAAUAAAUCAUUUACUCAGCUUUGUAAUCUACAAUCACACACAAGAAUUCAUACUAAACAAAAACCUUAUAAAUGUGAUGUUUGUGGUAAAUCAUUUACUCAGAAUGAUACUUUGCAGAAACACAUGAGAAUUCAUUCUGGAGUAAAACAUUACAAAUGCGAUGUUUGUAGUAAAUCAUUUUCCCGGCCAGCUGAAUUACAAAGACAUACAAGAACACAUACCCGAGAAAAAAACAUAUAAAUGUGAUGUUUGUUGUAAAUCAUUUAGUCAAAUUUACGGUCUACAAAGUUACAUUCAAAUUUAUACACGAGAAAAAACUUUCAAGUGUGAUGUUUGUUGUAAAUCUGUGAGAGACUGGUAUAUUGGACCUAGCUGUGAAUAUUAUCAUGUGGGUUUAGCUGUGUAUUUAUAUAAUUUCAGAGACUGGUAUAUCCAGGUCUAGUUUAAUAUGACAACAAUUCUGCUCCAUACCUUAUAAUUGUGUUACUAUAAGAGCCUUCAUAAUAAAGACACAUUUAAUAUUCUUGAAUUCCAUCAGUACAUUAUAUGUAUUAUCUUAUACACAUCAUUAAUAUUCAUUAG